AUGGGGUCGGAUUUAAAGAACAUCAUGAACUCCUUACCAGGCCUCUCCACCGAGGACAAGAAAGACCCAGACAAAAUCAUUCAAGAGCUUAGAAAGCAUUUUAUACUCCAGAGGAAUGUCCGUUAUGAGCGGUUCGUUUUUGACUCAGUUGCUCAAAAAACCGGCGAGACCGUCGAUGAGUUCAUUGUCCGUCUGCGACAGCAGGCCGAGCCAUGUGAGUUUGGGGCCCUGAAGGACUCCUUGAUCCGGGACCGCAUCGUUAUCGGCACCUCAGAUGAAAGCGGAAGGGAGCGGCUACUGCGAGAGAGACCUGUUCCAGACCUUGCUAGGGUAGUAGUAAGUUUAAGGGCUGCAGAGAUUUCAAGAUCUAACAAGCAAGUGAUAAGUGGGAAACCAGAACCGGAACAUAUCCACCACAACAGAGGUCGCAACAACCGUGCAAAGAAAAGAGGUGCUCCCAGAGGCCCAGGCAACAAAGGCAGUGAUCAACAGACAGGUUCUGGCUCUUCAGCCUUCGGCAAAUCCACACAACCGCCAGAAAACCAGCAGCAGACCCCGCGUUGCCGCUGGUGUGGAAGACAGGCAGUUCGCCUUCGAAAAGACUGCCCCGCCAAAAAUAUCCAGUGUCACAACUGCCAGAAGAUUGGUCAUUUCGCAACAGUGUGCCAAUCAGCUAAACAAGUCCAUGAAGUGGAUGGCCAUGAUGACAGCAACUUGGACACCUUCUACAUGAUGGGCGAAGUAAACUCUAUUAGCGAGAACUUCUGGUCAGUGGAAUUACUUGUCGAUGAGAAUGCAUGCGACUUCAAGCUGGACAGCGGGUCCAAGGUAACAGUUGUCAGCGACCAAACACCUUGGAUCAAAGGCAUGCAGCUCGAGGAAGUCAAGACUGAGUUCCGAGGUCCCGGUGGAGUAAAACUGUCUCACCUCAUGAAAGGGCAGAUCACGAACGCAACAUUUCAAGCCGGCGAUAAGGCGCACCACGAGAAUGUCUACGUCAUGAGUAACCAGAGGAAUAACCUCUUGUCCAAGUCCGCUAUCCAGGCACUUCGACUACUCGUUCCGGCACCCAAAGUAAAUAACAUGGAAAAGUUGCCGAACUUUAGGGAAGAAUUCCCCAAGCUCUUUAAGGGCCUUGGCAUGAUGAAAGAGCCCUACAAGAUACCGCUGAAAGAAGACGCAGUACCAGUCUGUCUGUACACUCCACGUCGUAUACCGCAUCCACUGUUACCCAAGGUAAAACAGAAGCUAGAGGGAAUGGUCGCCCAGGGGGUCAUAUCACCUGUAACCACCCCUACUGACUGGUGCUCCGGGAUUGUCAAUGCCCCCAAGAGGAAUGAAGACGUCAGGAUCUGUGUGGACCUCACCUCACUUAACAGGGCCGUGAAGAGGGAGUUCCACCCAAUGGCAAGUGUAGAUGAAAAUCUCCCAAAGCUGAAAGACCGCCAGAUCUUCUCGAAGCUUGACGCCAACUCUGGCUUCUGGCAGAUUCCACUCGACGACGAAUGUAAGCUCCUCGCCACCUUUGUGACACCCUAUGGUCGGUUCUGCUUCAAUCGACUCCCAUUCGGGAUAAGCUCCGCACCCGAAGUCUUUCAACGUACCAUGUCUAUGACACUGGAAGGUUUAGAAGGCAUCGUAUGUCACAUGGACGAUAUCUUGAUCCAUGGACCCACGCAAGAGGUUCACGACGAACGUGUACGUCUAGUCCUCGAGCGUCCUCUCAAGGCAGGAAUCACGUUGAACGACAAAUGCGAAUUUUCGAAGCAAAAGAUUAAAUAUCUGGGACACAUAAUAUCCGAGAAAGAGGUUGAAACUGACCCGGAGAAGAACAAAGCUAUCCAAGACUUCCCAAGGCCCAACACAGUUAAAGAGCUACAGCGCUUCAACGGCAUGGUCAAUCAACUUGCCAAGUUCCUUCCAGACCUUGCCAAGAUCAACGAGCCCCUGCGCCAGCUGCUAAGAAAGGAGCAACAAUGGCUUUGGGAUCAGCCACAAGAACGGGCUUUCCAAGAGAUCAAGAAGAAGCUGACAUCUACUGAAGUCCUAGAACACUAUGACCCUGGAAAGAGAAGCAUUGUCGCCGCAGACGCAUGUCAAGAUGGCCUUGGAGCGGUCCUUAUGCAGAUUGAUGACCUUGGCAACCGCCGCCCUAUAGCUUACGCUUCCCGUUCACUCACAGAUGCAGAGAAGCGGUACGCCGUAAUCGAAAAGGAAGCACUAGCAGCCACAUGGGGUUGUGACAAGUUCUCCGAUUACAUCCUGGGGACAACAUUCUCUCUAGAAACAGAUCACCGCCCGCUAGUACCCUUACUCGCAAGCACCGAUCUAACAAAGCUCCCGCCAAGAAUCCUCAGGUUUCGAUUGAGGAUGGCAAGAUAUGCACCAGACGUGAAGUAUGUCCAGGGGGUCCACCAGAACAGAGCGGACGCCCUGUCACGUGCCCCGACAAGCAAGCUAACACUGGAGGAUCUAAAGCUUGUAGCUGAAGUUGAGGAGCAAAGUGGGUCUGUCUUAAAGUCAAUGCCCGCGACAGAGCAGCGGUUGGAAGAAAUCAAGGCAGCUCAAGAUAGUGAUGCAAUAUGCAAGCAAGUAAAGAGCUAUUGUCAAGACGGAUGGCCACUGAUAAUGCCAUCAAAACCACUCCUCACGCCGUAUUGGGAGAAAAAACAACACAUGACGGUUACCAAUGGGCUUCCGAUGUUUAAUGACCGAAUAGUCAUUCCGAUGUCCCUUCAGUUACAGAUGCUAGAUGCGAUUCAUGAAGGCCACCUGGGGGUCACAAAGUGUCAAGGUCGUGCCAGCUACUCAGUGUGGUGGCCACUCAUAACAAAACAGAUUGAAGCUAUGGUGAAUAAGUGCCAUAUCUGCGCCAAGCUGCGUCCUGAGACGAGAGAGCCCCUAAUGGCACUGUCAUUUCCUGAGAAACCAUGGACUCGUCUAGGCACUGACCUGUUCGAGCUAGACCGGAAGACCUACAUAAUUGUAGUCGACUAUACAAGCCGGUGGUUUGAAGUGAAAGAGCUCCGAAGCAUAUCAUCGUCUGCAGUUAUCAAAGUCCUACAGGAACUCUUUGCUACACACGGCAUCCCUCAAGUCAUCAUGUCUGACAACAGUCCCCAAUAUGCAAGCCAUGAGUUCAGUGCCUUUGCCAGAGAAUGGGGUUUCAACCACGCAACCUCUUUGCCAAAUUACCCCCAGGCUAACGGUGAGGUUGAGCGAGCGGUCCAAACAGCCAAGAACAUCCUGAAAAAGAAUGCAGACCUACACCUCGGCUUACUUGCCUACCGAUCAGCUCCUCUAAGGAAUGGCUUGACACCUAGUGAAAUUCUGAUAAACCGGAAGCUCAGGACCAGACUUCCAGCGCCUCCAGAAGCAAUGCAACCCACAGACAUUGACAAAGAAAAGAUGAAAGCUAAAGAAGAGGCAUACAGGGAGGCCUACACAAGAAGCUACAACUUGGGCACCGGGUUAUAUCACUCCCUGCCCUGGAGGAAGGAGAUAAAGUGUACGUCAGAGACCAAGGAAGAUUUGGAGAAGUACAAGAGAGGCUAA